AUUUUCCUCCCGUCGUCAAAUCCAACCGCAACCCCACGCAAUUGAUGCGCGAGAGUCAAGUUGAAGCUUGACGCAUCCCAACCACCGGAUUCUCAUCAAUUCCCUGGCCGCAUCAUUGCGAUUGCAGUCGCCGACGGUCGGACAUUACACUCGUUUGCUUUUUAGCAGAUUCGGUCGCUUAACCACUGAAUUCUCUACACAGAGCAAAACAUGGGUCUUCGAUUGUACCAGCCACCGGUUGAAUCGGACAUUCAAUCCAAGCCCGCGACUGAUAGGUCGGCGCGGUCGCGGUCCAACAUCCGCCGGGUUCUUGACCGCAACGACGAGCGAGAGCGAAUACGCGAGCGCCGCCGUCGCGCACUUGCCGCAACGGCGGCAUACAACAACUACGAUGCCAGGCGCGCAUCAGCACUCGAACCUGUUACACGUGCGCUCGCGACGACGGACAGCUCUGGGACAAGAUCAGGUUCCGAACAUGCCCGCCGCGCGCUACUAGUAACUGACCGUCCGGGUGUGCUACUUCGCGCCGACGGGACUAGAAACCCCGCUGUACUCGAUGACCGUGCUGUCACCAUGUUCGGCGAGCGAUGGGCGCACUUCGAAUCGAACCCGAACCUGUUUCGCGACGAGGACAAUGAUUCCUCACCCAUGCUGACGAUGGCUGGCGAGCCGGAUUUUUUGCCGCGCCGCAACCAACUGCGCCCUGAACCUACGUAUGCCUUAUCCAACCUCAGGUCCACACAAGCCCCUGGCCAUCCCUCUCGCGGCGCCACAACGCCACAUUCAACCCUUUGGUCCCGCAUCCAGCGCAGGCAUCGAAGUUCCAUGAGGGACGAAUCACGCCCGUCACAAGACGAUGCGAGCGACAGGCCGCGCCCCCGCCCACCUCCUUCUGCUCACGUCCCAUGGGCGAUCGAGGCCGCCGACAUGGACGGCCUGGGCGACCGUAACCGGAGCUUGAGCCCGGAAGGCGACAACCUGUGGGGCACUCUGCUGACCACCCUGACGCCGGACCCGCAGCCGCCCAGCGCCGGGUCUUCGUUCGCCUCGGCGUCUGCCUCGGCCGCGGCCACGCAGAGCACCGCAGCUGCCUCGUCGUCCCGGACCUCGUUCACCACGCCGGAUGCGGCUGAGGAGUUUGCGUUCGAGCCACCCUGCGAGUCGGGAUGUGACAAUUCCGACACGGAGGGCGAGGGCGAUGGCGAGGGCGAGGACGACGACGAGAUGGAACAGAUGCAGCUCCCUUAUUUCCCGCGGCUGGCCUCCUCCAACCAGUCCUACGCCGACCGAGCGCGCGGUAAUAACGAGGACCCCCUGGAGCUUCUGGGCGGCAUAGGGGGCAUGCAGCGGAUCGUGCGCAACCUGGCCCGUCGGGAGGAUAUUCCGGACGAGUGGUGGGCCGAGGCUGGGCUGAGCCGGACACUAUCUCGUGAGGCUGGGAACUGAUUUUUUCGUUACGAAAACUGGGUGUCGUGGUCUAUGGGAAAGCGGCAGGUCUCGCUAAAUAAUGGCGUUGGUGGAUUCGGUUUUGAACGGCGUUGAGGUUUUGGGGUUUUCAAAGUUUCCAGUGGUCAUAUUGUCAGUGUGCGGUAACAGGACAGAUGCGACCUUGCCACGGGCUCUUCUUUCCUCGAGCAGGCGUGCCGAACGCUGUGUAACAUCAUGGAGGGUCUCUUGUGCUAGGGUUGACGAUUUAGAGGGGCCCAUGGGUUGGCUCCAGUAUAUCGAACAUCGAGCUCAUCAAGCUACUUGAUGAGGGGGAGGACAACGCGUUUCUUUUCGGCGGCGGUGGUGUCCGGUAUCUGUAUGAUUAAAUUGUACUGAUACAUUGGGUGGUAUUCGGUAAAAUUUCAGGGCUGUUGUCAUGAGAGUCCAAU